AUGCUUCCUCUCUUCAUCAAGAUGCUUCCUCUCUUCAUCAAGGUGCUUCCUCUCUUCAUCAAGAUGCUUCCUCUCUUCUUCAAAGUACUUCCUCUCUUCAUCAUGCAGCUUCCUCUCUAA